GUUAGCAUUGGCAGGUUUCUAAAUAUUAAAGUUUGUCUUACCUGGUAUCCCCCUUUCCUCCUGCUAGCAGGAAAACCAAAAAAAAAAAAAAACCAAAAAAAAAAAAUAUGGGAAAGCUUUUGGUGAAUGUUUUCCUAGUAACAUUCUUGUUUUUUCUAGGGAAUAAUGUAGAAGGCCUUGGGGUGAACUGGGGUGACAUCUCCUCCCACAAGUUGCCUCCUAAAGAUGUGGUCAAAAUGUUGCAAGAAAAUGGCAUUAAAAAAGUGAAGCUUUUCAAUAAUGAUGAGACCAUAUUAAAUGCCUUGGCUGGAACAGGAAUUGAGGUCAUGGUUGGCAUCUCUAAUCAACUCCUCAAGGAUUUGGUCAAUCCUGAUAUAGCAAAGAAAUGGGUAAAAGAAAAUGUCACUCGUUAUGAGCCAAAGUCUCCUAAAGGUGUUAAUAUCACACUUGUAGGUGUUGGUAAUGAGCCAUUCUUGAGAGAUUAUAAGGACACGCUGACAAAUGUGACAGGGCCAGCAUUAGAGAACAUCCAAAAUGCAUUGAAUGAUGCUGGACUUGGUGAUACCACUAAAGCAACUGUACCUCUAAAUGCAGACGUUUACUUGUCACCAAGCUGGAAUCCUGUUCCUUCUGCCGGAUUUUUCCGUGCUGACAUCGUCGAUCCACUUAACUACAUUCUUAAGGUCUUGGACAAGAACAAUGCUCCUUUCAUGGUCAACAUUUAUCCUUUUCUUAGUCUUUUCUAUGGAAAUGGUGCCUUCCCCUUCGAUUACGCCUUCUUUGAUGGUGUGAGCAAUCCUCUUAAGGACAAAGAUGGUGUUGAAUACACCAAUUGCUUUGAUGCCAAUCUUGACACUUGUGCAGCUGCUCUAGCUGGAGCAGGGUAUAGCAACAUGACUAUUACGGUGGGAGAAAUGGGAUGGCCUACAGAUGGAAACCCUUAUGCCAAUGUGACAUUAGCUGAAAAGUUUUACAAAGGAUUUGUAUCAUAUCUUUCCAAAGGAAAGGGUAGCCCACGUCGCCCUGGCUACAUUGAGGCCUACAUAUUUGCCUUAUUUGAUGAAGAUAGGAAGAGCACACUCCCAGGAAACUUUGAGACACAUUGGGGACUCUACUAUGAUGACGGCACACCAAAGUUCCCUCUAGAUCUUAAUGGGAAGAACAAGACUCUUGCGUCUGUACCAAAUGUGGAGAAACUCCCCAAAAAAUGGUGCGUGAUAAAGCCAGAUGUUAAGAAUUUUACAGCCCUUAUGUCAUAUGCUUGUGACCGUGCAGAUUGUACACCCCUUACUAAUGGAUCAUCUUGCCAAGACCUUAGUGACGCUGCCAAGGCUUCAUAUGCAGUGAAUGCCUAUUUCCAAUCCCAGCAACAAAAAGAUGAGAGCUGUGAUUUUGAAGGAAAGGCAACAAUAACCACAAACGAUCCAUCUCAAGGAACUUGCAACUUCACCAUUGGCUUCAAGACACUUACUGCUCUUUCAACUUCUCCUUCCCCUCUGCCUUCUUCGGAUCACUCAUCAUCUUCAGAUGCCAAGGCUCCUUCCUCAUCAUCUGCUUCUCCUUCAUCUAAAAACUCUUUGGCCUUUGCUUCUUUGGGAGUCCUGUUUCUUGUUUCUCUAUUUUUCAUGUAGAUGAAUCAUAUAUUGUUAUUUAAUAAUUUGUGAUUCUUCCUUUCAUACCCUUUAGGAUUCUUGUUUUUGUGGAGAGUCGAAUAUUUAAAUGUAAUCUCGUUUGAAAUAAAAUGUGCGGAUCAGAAGGACGUUACUUGAGCUCCAUUAUAUUUGCAAGCA